AUGGCUCAGUGCGGGACAAAGCCACCCUGGGACGCAUCCGAGGCUACGCGGCAAGAUGAAGUGACAAGAUACGGCUCGACCCUGUUGAGCGCCUCCAGGAUCAACAACCCGACCGAGCCCAUCCCGAGCGCCGAGUUGUCCACUUCUAGCGAUGCCAUCCUCACUGCUCUGUGCCAGCUGGGAGCCUGGCAGACAGGCACGACCAGGGCCUUCCUGUCGCUGUUCGAUGCCCAGCACCAGCACAUUGUCGCCGAGGCCAUGCCAUCUCUGCUGCUGCAGCCAUCACUCCCCAGCAACCACUGUCCGGUGCCUCUGUGGCUCUGCGGAACCGCCAUACCUCGCCCUUUCGGAGUAUGCGAGGCCACCGUCAUCGCCGAGAACUCGGACCGUGCGAACCUCCCCCUCACUCUUUGCGACAACCUAGCCACAGAUCCACGAUUCAGCGACAAGCCUUAUAAUAGCUUUGGAGGGGAUGCCAAGUUCUACGCGGCCGUGCCUGUUCGUACACGGCGGGGCAUCAAUAUUGGCGUCUACUGUGUGGUUGACGAGACUCCAGGCCGGCCCUGGAACGACAUGUACACGGCACAUCUUCAACAUGCCUCCCGAAACAUCAUGAACCACCUAGAGUCGCAGCUGCUCAAUUCUGUACAUCGACGGAACGAGAGGAUGAACCGAGGGCUGCGUUCCUUUGUCGAGGGCGAAACAACCUUGUCAGGAUGGCGGUUCAGCCCCAACUCCGCCGCCUACGCCAACCAAGACAACCUCGAAGGCGUUCUCAACGCCAGGCAGCAAUCCCUUGGCCUCUUGUCUGUUCCCCAAUUCGGCCUACCCACGGGUGACGCCAGGGCCCGAACUCCCAUGUCCGACAUGGACGCAAAAGGCUCGUACUUUGCCGUCGAACCGACCCCAGCACCCGAACGUGACGACAUGGCCACCGUGUACUCGAGAGCCGCCAACAUCAUCAGAGAAUCAAUCGAGGUUGAGGGGUGCGUCUUUUACCGCCCGAGACUAUCAUUUCGUGCUCAGCCGGACCCCCAGUUUGGAGACCAGGCAAAUGCAUGGGGUUACACGACCUCGUCCUCCAGUGGCGGCGAGGCGAGCCACAGCCCCGAGCCUCGUCCCUGUCACGUACUCGGCUUCUCCAAUUCAGAGCUUUCCAGUAUUGACAGUGUGCCCAAUACGAAUUCCGGUCUGUCCAUGACGGAAGACUUUCUCGCCCAUCUCCUCCACAGGUACCCCCGGGGCACCACGUUCAAGUUCAAUGCCGAGGGUGGGCUGCUCUCGUCGGAUUCAUUAGGGGACGAAAACAUACCCCUCCUCGCCUCCAUCACCCUCGCUGGUCGAACUAAGUCAACAGAGGACUUUAAGACAUCGUCGUUGCCGCCGUCAGCAUCAGCCGAGCUGCAGCAAGCCUCGUCCAGAGCCAAAAGGCUGCGCAGCCAGGAGGGCAAAGCUCUACACGAAGCGUUCCCCAACGCCCGCAGUGUCCUCUUUUUUCCCGUGUGGGACUCACGCAAGGACGGCUGGUACGCCGCCGCCUUUGCUUACACCCACAGAGAGGGCCGUUCCUUCUCCGUCACGGGCGAGCUGAGCUACUUGCGAGCCUUUGGCGCCGUCGUUGCAUCCGAGAUCCAGAAGCUCAACACUCUCUCCGCCGACCAGGCCAAGGCCGACGCGCUGGGCUCCCUCUCGCACGAACUCCGCUCACCGCUGCAUGGCAUCCUUCUCAGCGCGGAGCUCAUGAGGGACAUCGACAUGGACGUCUACCAGGGCAACCUAGCGCACACCAUUGAGACAUGCUCACGCACGCUGCUAGACACGAUCGAUCACCUCCUUGACUACUCACAGAUCAACGACUUCUCCAACCCAAAUAAGAAAAGUGGUGAGCCCCUCUCAAUUGCAUACAGCGGAGGAGACCGGGGACAAUUUGGCAAGAAGUCGCUGUUUUCGUACAUCAGGCUAGAUGGCAUCGUUGAAGAGGUUGCUGAGAGCGUGUUUGCGGGCUUCAACUUCCAGUACCAGUCUCUCAAGCAGGCGUCCCAGGUGACCGUGGCCAGCGACGUCGCCGCGCACCAGCGCCUUGACUCGGCGCAGGCGUCUGAGCAACUCCAAGGGCGCGAGAAGGACGUUCUCGGGCAUCUAGAAUUCGGCAACGUGUCGGUCCUGCUGUCGAUUGACUCGGGCUGUCAGUGGGAGUACCACGUGCAUGUAGGAGCCAUCAGGAGAAUCAUCAUGAACUUGUUUGGCAACGCCCUGAAGUACACCAAAUCCGGCACCGUUGUGGUAUCUCUGAGCCAGGAUCACAGAAGACAUGUUGUCAGGAUCGUGGUGCAAGACACGGGCAAGGGUAUGAGUGCCGAUUUCCUCCAGACAGGGCUUUUCAAACCGUUCAGCCAGGAGGAUUCCAUGUCACCGGGCACGGGUCUAGGCCUUAGCUUAGUUAAAAAUAUCACGACACAGCUCCAUGGUCGCAUAUCCAUCGAUAGCCAAGUCGGCAUGGGAACGACCGUCUCGGUCGUGCUACCGCUUAAGCGCGCAGAGUUGCCAGCCGAUAUUAAUGCAUCCCGAUCUGACGACGAUAAACAAUUCGAUGGCCUCAUCAACGAUUUGAAGGGGCUGAGGAUUCGUAUCAUAACCGCUGACGAGGCGGGCAGUACUGCUCCGUCUGCCGUCAAUGUCUCGCUGCAUGAUAUUUGUCGUGAUUGGCUGCACAUGGAAAUUGUGUCGAAUGAAAUGUCCUCACAGGCAGUAGUCCCCGAUAUUGUUCUCUGGUCCUACGACGCUUCGGUUCAAGCACAAAACGACAUCAAAGAGCUCUCAAAGUUCCCAAAUGUGGUCAUUUGUCCCAAUGCUCUCGUAGCAUACCACCGAAAUACUGAAUCAACAUCGCCAGAUGGCGUGAAGCUACUUGAGUUUGUCUCUCAACCCAUUGGUCCCCGGAAGCUCGCAAAGGUCCUGUCCUUGGCGUACCGCCGAUGGGUCGAACCUUCACACCCAUUCAAUCCGCAAAGCAUCGAAGCACCUUUGACCGUCUCGAGACCCAACAUUGCAAGGAGUGCCGUCAGCUCCUCUGUCGUCUCCGACAUUGAUUCAUUGAACAUCACACCGCAGAAAACCGAAACGGGUGGCCCGGCGCCCACGUACGCCUCCACUCCGGGCUCAUCGGUCAGCAAUGACGUUCAGUCAGAUAAUGAUGAGCGAGUCACGAGAUGCCUCCUCGUCGACGACAAUGACAUCAAUAUCAAGGUGCUGUCAGCGCUCAUGAGGAAGCUCCGCAUCGACUUCCAAACGGCAAGAAACGGCAAGGAGGCCGUUGAUGCUUUCAGCCAGAACCCGGGCGCCUAUAUAUGUAUCCUGAUGGAUAUCUCCAUGCCGGUCAUGGACGGGUGUGAAGCGACCCGGUGCAUCAGGGCUUUUGAGACUAAGGAACGUCUCCAGCCCGUGUCCAUCAUUGCGCUCUCCGGAUUGUCUUCGAGCGAGGCCCAUCGGGAAGCCUUCGAGAGUGGCAUGGACUUGUUCCUGACCAAGCCGGUGAAACUGAUGACGCUCAAAGAUCUCUUGCAAUCCCGAGGUAUUAUUUGA